GCAUUUCCAUGGAGGAAAACCCUAACAGUAACAUUAUAGACCAGAGCAUCGUGUGUUCAUACUGCACACGAAAAAGAAGAAGAAGAAAAUCAGCGUCAAUUCUGUCGGCGGAGCCAUGGCGGCGCCUGAAACCCCUCUCAAUUACGUCGGUGUCGCCAGGAAAUCCGCCGCCUUCCGUCUCAUGAAGCAAAUGGGAUGGGAAGAAGGAGAAGGUCUUGGCAAAGAAAAACAAGGGAUCAAAGGACACGUUCGUGUCACCAACAAACAAGACACUACUGGCAUCGGAUUAGAGAAGCCAAACCAAUGGGCAUUUGAUACCACACAAUUUGAUAACAUACUCAAGAGAUUGAAAGUUCAAGCGCCAGUAUCCAAUGACACAGAGAGUAACACGGUUAAGGUGGAAACUGAGGCGGUUGUUCCUGUUGAUCCCAAGGUUGCUGUACCCAGAGCUACCAGACCACAAGGAAGAUACAAGAAAAGAGAAAGAGGGAAGCUUGUCUCUCAUUAUUCCUCAAAGGACCUUGAAGGAAUUCUUGUAAAAAAGAGUGACAUAUCCGAGGAGGGUACUGACAAUGCUGAUGAUGAAUUGGAUUUAUCAAAGACACCUGACUUUCAAGAUUUUGAGGAUGAAGGAAGCAAAUGUCCUGAUAUCCAUCCAGAGUGGUGGGGCAAUAAGUUUGGGUUUGUCUCUGGUGGAUUGCUCGGUGCAGCAUCAAAGAAGAAAAAGUCCUCUACAUCUGAAAUUGCUAAAAGUGGGAUGGCGAGAACUCCUUUUUUUGAACAAGAUCAAGAAAACCUCUACAAUUUAGUCCAAGAUAAAUCCACAACAGGAAAGCAAGGUCUAGGUAUCAAGGACAGGACCAAGAAAGUAGCUGGAUGCUAUUUUCAGGGUAAAAAGACAUCAUUCGGUAAUAGUGACGAUGAAGAUUCUGCUGACAUAGAUUCUCUAGAAAACGAAACAGAUGAUGAUGUGGAAAUGGUGGUGGAAAAGGUGGAAAAGAUUGUUGAACCCAAAAUGAAGCUGAAGAAGUUGUGCAAGCAGAUCUUAAACCAAGCGCCUGGAGAAUCAUUGAAACUGAAACAGCUCAAAGUUCUUAUUGAACAACAUUCAUCUUCAAUUUUGUCGGACUUCUCUUCAAAAAGAGAGGCUGUUGCGUACUUGAAGCAAAAGCUGACAGGUAGUCGGAAGUUUUGUAUUGAAGGGAAAACAGUGCGAUUGGCAUCUUAGAGAAGUUGAAAUUUUGAUACAUUUUUGGCAGUUUUUCUUAUUCAUUUCAUUCUGGAGGAGAAAAAAGGGUUGAGGUGUUUGGGAUUUUGAGAUGCCUGUUCGAAGUGUAGAUUGCAUUGGUUGGAGUUAGUUAUAGGGUAUAUUUCAUUUCAUUGCUUACCUUUCUUGAAAAAUGUUGUAAUAUGUUUAAUGGCUACACAUUUACAAUAGCAUUUUAUGAAAUGUAGUUUAUAUUUUUUAUUUUUGAAGUUAAAAAAACUUCCAAGUGUGUGUCCACUGGUUUUAAGAUAUUGAAAUUAUCUUUUUUGUAUUCUUAUACAAAUAAUGGUUGUGCAAUUGUGUAUUA